AUGCGGGUUUCUAUAUCAGAGCUCACCUUAAUUGCCUUGGGCCUGUGUUCCGUGCACGUUCUCGCAGCGGAUACGCUUAGCACAAAUGGCAUCUCAACCUGUCUGACGGGUGCAGAAAUACAGGUUCAAAAGUUAGACGUUACUUAUACACGUUCCACUAGAGUGGUAGUCUUCGAUGUUGCCGGAAAAAACGAAAAAAAGCAGAACGUUACCGCAUCUCUGUCGGUUUAUGCUUACGGCAAUGAAAUAUAUAGCAAGUCAUUCGACCCUUGUGGCUCGGAGAAUUAUGUCGAGGAACUUUGUCCUGUCCCUUCCGGCGUCUUUCAAGCGACUGGUUCGCAACAAAUUCCGGAGUCGUUUGCCAGCCAGAUUCCCGCGAUCGCCUUUGCUAUACCCGACUUGGAUGGGCAAGUGAAACUUGAGCUGAAAUCCAAGGAUGAUGUCCACAAAGUUGCUUGCAUUGAAACGCAGUUAUCGAACGGAAAGUCGGCACAAAUGCCAAGCGUAACUUAUGCAGCCGCCGGUGUAGCAGGUGCUGCUCUAGCAAUGAGCGGUCUGUCUAUCAUAGGCGCUGCCGGCCAUCCUGGGGCUGUCUCAUCUAGUCCGGGGUUUGGUGAUGUCAUGGGAUGGUUCCAUAGCAUGGCAACGAACGGCAUGCUCAGUGUCAGCUACCCAGCAGUGUAUCGCAGUUUCACGAAGAAUUUUGCCUUCAGCACCGGCUUAAUUCCAUGGGGUCAAAUGCAGCAGUCUAUCGAUAACUUCCGCAAGUCGACCGGCGGAAACCUCACGGAGAACAGCUAUGACUUUCUCCGCAAUGCUACGCUCGAGUUCUCAAAUAGCUCGUCGACAGACACAAAUUCUAAGGUCAAGCGAGGUGCGAAUUCAACAUCUGGUGAUGAUGCCAGUGAUGAUACAGUCAAAAAGGUUGUCUCUGGUAUAGAGGCUUGGGCAGAACAGCUUACCAUCCCUCAAGCGAAUAUAUUCAUGACGUGUCUGCUGAUAUUUGCUAUUGUUAUAGCUGCUAUUACGGUGGGCAUUUUACUGCUCAAAGUUAUCCUCGAGUUAUGGGCCUUGUAUGGAUCCUUCCCUGCGAAGCUCACGAAUUUUCGCAAGGAUUACUGGGGUUUGCUGGCCAGGACUAUUACUAACCUGAUUCUUCUCCUCUAUGGGAUUUGGGUUUUGUAUUGCGUCUACCAGCUUACCGGCGGAGAUUCGUGGGCCGCGAAAGUAUUGGCUGUUGUCACGCUUGUCAUAUUUACCGGUGUCUUGCUUUUUUUUGGCCUCCGAAUCUGGUAUGUGGCUCGUAAAUAUAAAGCAUCCCAAGGUGAUGCCUCCGGCUUGUACGAGGAUACAGAGACUUGGCGAAAGUACAGUCUUUUUUACGACAACUACAAAAAGGAUUACUGGUGGCUCUUUGUCCCCGCGAUCGUGUACAUGUUUGUUAAGGGUGUAAUCAUCGCUGCGGGCAACGGUCAUGGCCUUGUUCAGUCCGCGGGUCAACUCAUUGUUGAAGCUCUCAUGCUGGCACUUUUGCUAUGGUACCGGCCAUAUGUUGCAAAGUCGAGCCAGUGGAUCAAUAUCAGCAUCCAGAUUGUCCGUGUAUUAUCCGUUGCUUGCGUGUUGAUCUUUGUUGAAGAACUUGGUCUUUCACAGACUACCAAGACUGUGACGGGUAUUGUCCUUAUCGUCGUGCAAUCCGCCCUCACAGGCAUCUUGGCCAUCCUCAUUGCCGCUAACGCCAUCAUCCUCUGUGUCCGAGAAAACCCCCAUGCGAAACGGAGAAGGGAAGCCAAAAAAAUGAACCGUGAUAUGGACGAUUUGACACCUUUGGAUGCGCGGGAGUCGCUUCUCAUGGAGAAUCCACCCCGAAAAGAGUACACAGAGAUGAGCAAGUUUAACUUCACCGGCCCUUAUGAGCCCUACCGGGACCACUACGAUCCGAAGUCACGAUCAAGUUCUACAGGAAGCACGGACCGUUUAGUGGAUCCUCCUGGUUAUCAUGAAAGUCAACAUGGUCGAAGUCUCAGUCGAGAAAGCCGGCAUACCCGCGAUAGUCGUGGUUCCCCAGAUGGACGUAAACCUACCGCUCCUGGUUAUGGCUUCGCCUAUUGA